AUGUUGAGAGACGCGUCAACACCGGCGGCUGAGCGGAGCCACGAUCUCUCCAUAAUGCGUUUACUUUACUCUGUGGCGAUCUGGCUGACAAUCAUCCACUGCACCAAUGGAAUUCCCUGGACACAAGAGAAGCUCUAUCACAGAGCUCUCACUCUAACACAAGAUGAAGUCCGCACAGCCCUGUCUCACACUGACCUGGAGCAGAUGUGGCAGAGGGACCUGAGGCCACUGCUGGUUACCAGGUACCCAGGCUCUGCAGGCAGCCAGGCUGUGCAGGAGCAUAUCAAAACAACACUCAGUUCCCUCGGAGCAGGCUGGGAAGUAACGGAGGAUAAGUUUAUGUCACAAACACCCUAUGGCUCCCUUCCCUUCACUAACAUAAUUGGCACCCUCAACCCAUCAGCCAAGCGCCGUCUGGUCCUGGCCUGCCACUAUGACUCCAAGUAUUACCCUCCACAGUGGCAUGGGAUGGAGUUCCAAGGUGCUACUGACUCGGCUGUACCCUGUGCCAUGAUGUUGGAGCUGGCACGAGCCCUGGAUGAAGAACUGACAGCUCAGAAGAGCUCUAGUCCUGACCUGACGCUGCAGUUGCUCUUCUUUGAUGGCGAGGAGGCUCUUUUCCAGUGGACAGACUCAGACUCCCUGUACGGCUCUCGCCACCUGGCCCAGAAGAUGGAGAGCACCCCUCAUCCCCCUGGAGCCACAGACACCAACCAACUCCACGGCAUGGAUCUGUUUGUGUUAUUGGACCUGAUCGGGGCCCCUAGCCCACGCUUUGGAAAUCAGUUCCCCAACACAGUUCACUGGCUCACCAGACUGCAGAACAUUGAAAGGCGUUUACACUCCAUGAACCAGCUUGUGGAUCAUCCUGACAGCGUGGAAUAUUUCUGGCCUAAUCGACCUGUUGGCACCAUACAAGAUGACCAUGUACCAUUCCUAAACAGAAGUGUACAUAUCCUCCACCUUAUCCCCUACCCCUUCCCAUCCGUUUGGCACAAGUUUAAUGACAACGAGCAGAACCUGGACCAUUCCACCAUUCUGAACCUCAACAAGAUCCUGCAGGUUUUUGUUCUGGAGUACCUCAAUGCCAGACCCACUGUUGCUUCAAACCCACAGAAUGCCCCAUAGAGGAAAAACAACAGCGUUCUUUUGCUGUUUCAAUGGAAAUUAUUCCAGUUCAAGUUUUAUAGACUAAAUGGAUACGCUGUAUUUGAAGCUUCCAAAACACACAUAUUUUCUUGACCAUAUACCUGAGUUGUAAAGUUCAGAUAUCAGAUUUAUGCCAACUGUAGGGAAAAAGGUGUACAUGUUUACAGUAUGUUAAUGCUUUGGAUACAGGUUGCUUGCAUAACUGAAUGUUAAAUUAAUAAAAGACUUGGAUACUCAGAGCCUUAGUCCUAAGUCUGCUGCAGCAAACAUGGGCCACAGAAUCGAAUGUGUGUCUUUAGACUACACUGCUCUCUUUAUGUCCACCUUAAACCUUCAUUUACACUGUGAGGAAGCAUCUUAGUGUCCAUACAAAAGUCUAGAAUCCAGAGCCGCAAAGAGAUGGUAGCAUUGUGGAGAUGAAAAAUUAAUGUGAGUCUUAAAUGCCAUGACAUUUUAUUUUUCACAAAAUUCCAAAGCAACUUUAAAAUACUUUUGUAUCUAGUACAAGUUCAAUGUUGCCAAUAGUUCCAUUAUGUAUUGCUCUGGUAUGUAUCAGCUGUAGCCAACUCAUGCUUACAUACAUGUUAUGACAUCCCUAAUCUGUUUUAAUGUGUGAUACUAUAUGUAUACAAUAGAUUGCUUUUCACAUGAGGGUCACUAGAUAAUGAUGCAAAGUAUAUGGCUGAGAUUUUUUUCCCCACUGUGUGUUUUAAUUACGAGUUAAGAGUAUGCAAUAUUUCCUCCUCCGUAGAAAAUCUGUUCAGUGUUUAUAGAGCAAACUUGUCAGCUACAUGUAGUGAGUUUAUUUGAACACUUACUACAUCGUCAUCCCUUCAUAUCCUGACAUCUUAGAGAGUGGAGUGGAUAACUUCCUGUGCUUGUGUGCCUGUCUUUGUUUGUAUGACUUUGUAAGUCUGAUAUUUAAGGUAGAUUCCAGAAUAAUAUACAGUGCCAAAACUGGACUUCCUGUAUUAUGAGGCUAAAAUAAAUGAUCAUGCAGAGUUU